ACUGCGCAGCCUCGAGCGGCAGCAGACUCAGACACCCUAUCAUGGCGCUGUCCGUGCAGCAGCAGGCGCUGGUGUCAGUGGCGUUGGUGCUCUGCGCCUUCGUGGCUAUGCCCCGGAUGCUCGGCGGGCGGGCGGGUCGCGCCGGCCCCUCUCAGCCGCGACCAGGUGGUCCUGAGGGUGGUCAUCAAUCUCACAUGAACCCAGGAAGUUCUGAAAGUAAAACACACCAGAGCUUUCAGCAGAUGAGGAAUGCAAUGGGAAAGGAAAUGAAGAGUGAGAGAACUAGAGGAAAUGGCAGAGAUAUAGCUUUUACUCUUAUGCCCUUGUAUGCUAUUGGUGUGGGGAUGUUUGCAGCAUAUAAAUUUGUAAAGUUACGCAGCAGCAAUAAUGAGUUCCAUCAAGGAAAACACACAAUGAAAUCUCAAGAAGAAAGUUCAUCUCAGAAAGAUGAGACUAUAGAAGAUAAGGCAAAAGAAACAGAGCAUCAGCUUUUGGAAUUGGAGCAGCAUCUAGCACAGACAGAAAAAAUGUUAAAUUCUUUACUGACUCAGUUGGACCCACUGUCAAACUGCGUAAAUGCUUUGGCUUGUGAACAGAAAGAUGAAAUAGUGACACAACUUCGGUCUAUUAGACAGUUGAUGAAAGAAAGUGGACUGGAUAAAUCAGAAAUAAAGCUAAAAGGUGACAAUCACACAUGUAAUGAGAAACUUGAAGAUCUUAUUAAUUCAUUUGGUGAACACCUUCAAGAGGAAGAAGUAGAUGACAAUGAAGAUUAUAAUAAUGAAGAUCUACUUGAAGAUACUGAUGAUAAUUACAGAAUGGAAGAGCCUGAACUAUGUGGUAACAAAUUAACAGUUAGUCAGCUCAUCAAAUCAGAUGUGGUAGAAGUUCGAGAUAUAAAUAAAGAUGUGUUAGAACCAGAAGAGACCAUAUUGAGGAGACGCAAUAGAUAUGAAUGACAAAUACAUUUAUAAAACAUUUGAAAGUUUUAUGAAUUGUUGCAAAACCUUGUAUGCACUUUUAAAACGUUCUGAAACAAAAUCUUAUGUCACUGUAAUAUAUUCUUUUAAAAUUGGGGUGAAAUCUUGGCUCCAUCAAAGGCUAUGGAAGUAUUGCCACUGAUUUUAGUGGUAAUAGAAUUUCACCCAGGAUGUUUACAUAUUUUUCUUAUUUAUUUUUCCUAUAGAAAAUAUUUCUGUAUUAUCUGUAUAUAAUGCACUGAAAUUACAUGUGGUGUUUUUUAGGAAAGCCUCAGGAUGUCUUAUAAUGAAAACUAAGAGUAAUGGAUAAUUCAUAAUGGUUAUUUUUACUUGUAGUAAUCUUAGCUUAGUGCAUCAAUGUCCAUUUCUAGUGUUUAUUAAAGCACACAGAAAUUGAGGAGUUCACAUAAUCUCUGCAUAGAGUUUAGGUGCUGAAGGGAGUUUACAAGAGUUUAUAGUUAAAAUUAGCUUUAUUUCAAUAAACCCUAUGGACAUGA